AUGGCUCGCGCCGGUAUAAUAUACCGAGGCAGUGGCGGCUGCGGCCACCGGCGGCCGCUCGUCGGCGACGCGCUUUGUGCCGAGAGGCGUUGGCAUCAGCAGCAGCAUCCGGCCGCCGUUGUGAUUGGACCAAUCGUCGGCCGGCGUGGGCGUGGUCAACGUCGGACCCGGGAGCCCCGUCACUGCACGCCGCACAUAUUUUGCGUCCGUUCACUCGUAGUCCACCCUACCGAUGCCGCCGCGCCAGCAGUGUCGGAACCACCAUCGUCGCCACCUCCACCACCUUUCGCUACCCUAAACACCGUCACCACCGCCACCGUCGCCUCCGCUGCUCGAUGGCCCCCCGGCACUCGAGUAGAUGAUAGUUCUGCGAAUUGA